AACCGAAAAGACGUCUUGAAUUUGUUAUUUUUUUUAAUUUAUUUUUUUUCCCGUACGUUGUUGGUUUCUUCACACACACACAUAUAUCGCAUGUGUCUGCAUUUUUCUCAGCUCAGCGCACGAGCAGAGGAGCUGCACAAAAUUAGAUAAAAAAAAAAAAAAAACGGUCAACUCGAGCCUCUGCCGAACGCUUGCGCUGCGGCUGCGCUCAGAACUCGUGUGCGCGUCAACGUGAAAGCAUCUGCGACGCGCUGCGACGACACUCAAAAAAAAAAUAUACUGAAAAUAAAAAUACUUGAGAUACAAACAACAAAAAUCAAGCAUAACAUACAAAUAAAAAAAAAAAAACAAACACUUGACGGUGCAAACAUUUGGAUACUACAUAAAUAUUAUUUAUUUUAUUUUUUUUUUUUAAAUACAAAUUAAACCAAAGAAAAGUGUUACAAAAAAUAACAAAUAUUUAUUUCAUAAAUAAUCAUUGAGUGCAACUACCUAAAAAUAAUUAAAUAAAUAAAUACAUAUUUAUUAAUAACUGAGUGACUUCAAGUGAGCAAGUGUAAAUUUAACAACAACAACUACUACAACUUUAGCAACAGCAACAACAACAUCAUUUAAUACGGCUCACAAAAAUACGAAUGCCGCCGCCAAAUUGUUCACUUAAACAAAAACUAAACAAAGCAGCCGUUUACGAUCUCAAUUAGCCAACUUUAACAAAACAACAAGAACAGGAAUUACAGCAAAGAUGCUGGCCACACAACAGCAACACACAACAGCAGCAGCAACUGUUGCCGCUGCCACAGCAACAGCAACAACAACAGUUGCACACAGCAGCGAUGUUAGCGAUAUGGAUCGCCAGCGUCGUGAUUCAACCACCUCAGAAUCCUCGCUGGAGCAUCUCGACUUGGGACGCACACCAAAGAAGCUCAGCAGCAGCAGCGGAGCGCCGCAGCCGACGUCGACGCCGCACGACACAACGACGACAGCGACAGCGACGUCGCGAAAACGCAAGCUGCGACAACAGCAGCAGCAACAACAACAUAUGCUCUCUGACGACGAGCAGCAGCAACAGCAACAACAACAGCUGGAUCAGUCUGCGCAGCGACCGCGCCACAAGCAGCGACGCAGCGCCAACGCUGCUGCUGCAGCCAGCGCCAGCAUCGUUGUCGAUUACAGCGCCAGCGGCGACGCCAGUUCGCUGCGUAAAAAGUUUCGACUGAAUCGUAGCAGCGGCAGCGCCGUCAACGGCGAACUCUCUGAAUCGGGUUUCGUUGAUGGCAGCGCACAUAGCGGUUAUUUGCUCAGCAGCAGCGCCGGCAGCAGCGCUCAGUCAGCGUCGGCAGCGGCCGCCGCAGCAGCCGCAGUUGCAGCGCAGCAGGCGUCAUCGAGCAGCUCGGGCGGCUCAUCGCCGCAGGGCGGCCUGUGCCUGUCGAGCGCCGAAUCGGGUAUUGGCGCCGGCGACGAUCACAUGAAAUAUCUGUGCCCCAUCUGUGAGGUUGUCUCGGCCACGCCCCACGAGUUCACCAAUCACAUACGUUGCCACAAUUAUGCCAACGGCGACACGGAGAAUUUCACCUGCCGCAUCUGCUCAAAGGUGUUGUCGUCGGCUUCAUCGCUGGACAGACACGUGUUGGUGCACACUGGCGAGCGACCCUUUAACUGCCGUUAUUGCCACUUGACAUUCACAACGAACGGCAACAUGCAUCGUCACAUGCGUACACACAAGCAACAUCAGGCGACACAGCAGGAGGAGGAGGAGCAGCAAAUGGCAUCGGAUGUGGAGAGCGUAGAAGAUGUGGCACAAAUGAUCACCUCCACGCCCGAUGUGGCAACGCUGCUUGCCUCCAGCGGCGGCACAACGCCCAGUCAAUCACCCGCGCCAGCAAUGUUGCUGCUGUUGCAGUGUCCCGCCUGCGAGGCGGAUGAUUUUGAAUCGCUGCCGGCGCUGUGGCAACAUCUGGAUGCCCAGCAUGCGGAUAUACCCGCCAAGUGUCGCGAAUGCGAGGUAAUCUUUGCCAGCCAUCGGCAAUUGCAGACGCACAGUUGUCGUGGCAUGCAAAUGUUGCCGCUACUUGCCGCCAGCUCCAGUCCCAAGCAUGAAAUCGAAGAUGAGGAGGACGAGGAGCAGGAGGAGCAGGAAGAGCAGCGCUUGUUGCAAGCUGAUGAGGAGCAGCAGCAGCAUGCGGAGCAACAACAACACGAAUGCGAUGACUUCUUUCAGCAGCUAUAUCACAAGGGUAAAUCCCAUAUUGCCGCACCGCUGCCCUCACCCAUCAAGCAUGAACUUGCCACAGAGCGCGGCGAUAGUCGUCAGGAUCUGGCGGAUAUACAGAGCAUCCUGAACAUGACCAGCUCCAGUUGCACCUCGAGUUUUCUGCGCAACUUUGAGCAGUCGGUGAACACGCCCUGCUCCAGCCAGUACAGUCUGGAUGGACGCGAUGGCGAUGAGGAGGCACAGGAUGCAUUCACCAGUGAAUUUCGACGCAUGAAAUUACGCGGUGAAUUCCCCUGCAAACUGUGCGUUGCCGUCUUUCCCAAUCUGCGCGCCCUCAAGGGACACAAUCGUGUGCACUUGGCUGCUGUGGGUCCGGCCGGACCCUUCAGGUGCAACAUGUGCCCCUAUGCCGUCUGCGAUAAGGCCGCGCUGGUGCGGCACAUGCGCACCCAUAACGGUGAUCGUCCCUAUGAGUGUGCUGUGUGCAAUUAUGCCUUCACCACCAAGGCCAACUGUGAGCGACACUUGAGGAAUCGGCACAGCAAGACGAGUCGCGAGGAUGUCAAGCGUGCCAUUGUCUAUCAUCCGGCGGAGGAUGCCAGCUGUGAGGACUCCAAGUCUGGACUGAGAUUGCAGGAUGCAGAGCUGGCGGAGCUAACAACAGUUGCUGUCAAGUCUGCGCCUUUGAAAAUACAAGUUAAGAGCCUGGAUCAAUUGGUGGACAAGCCAUUGGCGCCAGCUUUGGAUCUGAGCAUGGAUGUUUUGGAUCUCAGCAAAAAGGAGCGUCCGCAGGAAUUGCCACAGGAGCAGCAGCAACAACAGCAACAGCAACAACGUGAGCGCGAGCGUGAAUUGCUGCUGUGUCAGCAACAACAGCAGCUGCAACAGCAGCAGCAGCAACAACAGCAACAGCAACAGCAACAACAACAGCAGCAGCAACUUUUUGGCGCUGGCGAUGCUGCCACACAGUACAUGCAACAGCUGUUUCGCAAUCUCAUGUUCCAGCAAUCGCCAGCAUUUCCAUUUUUCAACUUUAUGCCACAAGCAGCGGCUGCCGCUGCCGCUGCGGCUGCUGCUGCUGUUACGCCAGCAACAGGCGCUGCUUUGGCGCUGCCGCUGCCACUGUCUGCUGUGGGCGGUGUGGGCGUGCCCGUGCCCGCCGGCGGACCCGUCAAAAUGGUCAUCAAAAAUGGCGUGCUGAUGCCCAAACAGAAACAACGUCGCUAUCGCACCGAACGUCCAUUUGCCUGUGAGCAUUGCUCGGCCAGAUUCACGCUGCGCUCCAACAUGGAGCGUCAUGUGAAGCAACAGCAUCCACAGUUCUAUGCCCAGCGGCAGCGCAGUGGACACCAUGUGAUGCGCGGACGUGCUGCAUCCUCCAAUGCGGCAGCAGCAGCCGCCGCAGCAGCAGCUGCCGCCGCGGCAGCAAUGUCGAAUCUAAGUCAGCAGCAACAUGGUCAUCAUGCGCAUCAUGCACACAUCUCGGAGCAGGUGAAAUAUGCCAUAUUGGCGCAGCAGUUGAAAGCACGCAAGGACACGGAUUUGUUGCAACAGGCAUUGGCACAUGGUUCCAGCAGUGUGGCUGGCAAUCCGCUGCUGCAUUUUGGCUACAAGCAACACAACAACAACAACAGCAACAGCAAUGGUAAUGUUGCUGCUGCCCAGGGCAAUGGUCAUCAUGUGGCUGCCAAUGAUGAUGAUGAGCCCAAAUUGAUUAUUGAUGAGGAUGAUGAGGAGCAGGAGCAGGAGCAGGAGCAGGAGGAGGAGGAGGAGGAGGAGCUGGAUGAGGAGGAGCUGGAGGAUGGCGAGGAGGAGGAUGAGCUGGAUGAGCAGCCGGAGCAGCUGCUGGAGGAGGAGCAGCGGGAGCAGCGUGAGCCACCACGCACCUCAACGCCCAUUGAGGCGGCCAAAAAGGUGGCGGAAACCAUUCUGGAGCAGGCCAUCAAGGCGGGCAAAACCAGCGAAUUGCAGCCUAAAAAACUGCCCACGCCAGCGCCCACUGCCGCAGCCACGCCCACUGCCGCCGCCACGCCCACACCCACGCCCAUGAAAACAAUGAUUGCGCAAGCCGAAGCGGUGGCCAAAUCCCUUAAAGACGUCGCCAGCUCACCAUUUAAGGAUGAAUCUCAGGAUCUGGUGCCCGUGGCCAAGCUGGUGGACAAUGCCACCAGCAAUCAGGUCAGCUUCAACAGCUACUUUCGUCCCAGCGAUGUGGCCAAUCACAUGGAGCAAUCCGACGAGGAGGGCCUCGUCGCCAGCGGCAGCGCCAGCGAGAGCAACAAUUCCGGCACCGAAGAUGUCACCAGCAGCAGCAGCACAGAGCCCAAAAAGAAAUCCGCCUACAGUCUGGCGCCCAAUCGCGUCAGUUGUCCCUAUUGCCAGCGCAUGUUUCCCUGGAGCAGCAGCCUCAGGCGUCACAUCCUGACGCAUACGGGUCAGAAGCCCUUCAAGUGCUCCCACUGUCCAUUGUUGUUUACCACCAAAAGCAAUUGCGAUCGUCAUUUAUUAAGGAAACAUGGCAAUGUGGAGAGCGCCAUGAGUGUGUAUGUGCCCACCGAGGAUGUGAGUGAGCCGAUACCAGUGCCCAAGUCGGUGGAGGAAAUUGAGCUGGAGGAGCAGCGACGUCGCAAGGCGGAGCAGCUGGCCAGGGAGCGGGAACGGGAGCGGGAGCGGGAGCGGGAGCGUGAGCUGGAAAGGCAGCGGGAACUGGAUAGAGAACGUGAGCGGGAGCUGGAGCGUGAGCGGGAGCAGCAACAGCUCAUACAACAACUGGCUGCCGCGGCACAAAUGGUAACCGCCGCCUCCGUGGCCGCCAACUCGCCAGCCGCUGUCGGCGCCGCCAGUCCCAGUGAAUCCCAGGGCAGCGAUCUACCCUAUAAAUGUCAUCUAUGUGAGUACUCCUUUGGCGAGCGACUGCAGUGUCUGGAGCACAUCAAGCAACAACAUACACACGAGUUUGCUUUAUUGUUGGCCAAAGGCGCUAUAGAGUCGGAGGAGCAACAGUUGCCAGCGCCGGCAGCAACAACAGCAACAACAGCAACACCAGCAGCAGCAACAGUUGCCUCCGAUGAUGAGAGUGCAGCUGCCACACGUGCCACAAAUGUCAAAUAUCCGGAUUAUACCAAUCGCAAAGUGAUCUGUGCCUUCUGUGUGCGUCGCUUUUGGUCCACGGAGGAUUUACGCCGACAUAUGCGCACACACUCUGGAGAGCGACCAUUUCAGUGUGAGAUCUGCCUGAGAAAGUUCACCUUGAAGCACAGCAUGUUGCGGCACAUGAAGAAGCACAGUGGACGCCAGCACAAUGGUGAUUUGGCUGGACAAUCCGAUUGCUCCGAUGAUGAGCAGUCCGCCACGCCUCCCAGCACACCAACGCCCAUGAUAAUGCCACAAACAAACAACAAUAACAACAACAACAACACGUGUCACAAUAACAAUAAUAAUAACAAUAGCAAACAAAGUUUACGUUUGCCCAAAUUGCAUGAAUUGCUGGACAAGGCGAAUGAAUGGCGCGUCAGUCGUUUGGGUGAGCACAAGGAGAAUAUUGCUGAAGCCACAACACCAACAACAGCAGCAACUGCCGCAGCCGCAGCAGCAGCAGCAGCGACGGCGGCAGCAGCAGCGGCAGCAGCCGUGGCAAGUGGCGAUUUAAUUGGCAAUUUGCUGGGUAUAAGUGAUCAAGGUAUACUUAAUAAGUUGCUAUCCUCGGCAGAUGAGGCAGCUAAGCUACUAGGCGUGGACAAGUAAGCGAGAGCGAGGCAGAGUAAGACAGACAAAGACAGAGAGAGUAAAAAAAAGAGUAAAUGUCCGCUAGUCAAAAAAAAAAAAAAAAAAAAACCAAACUAAACUAAACUAAAACAAACAACGUUGCCAGAUUUUAACAGUUUAAAAACCCAGCUCAGUAGUCCCUAAAGUCAGCUUAUUAAAAAAGCGCUAAAAAAAAAAA